UAAACGAUGGAUUGGAGCUGAGGCCAAAAUACAAUGGGAUUCUCCACUGUCUGACCACGGUCUGGAAGCAUGAAGGACUACGAGGCUUAUAUCAAGGAGUAACUCCCAACCUGGUGGGAGCAGGGGCAUCCUGGGGACUUUACUUUUUCUUUUACAAUGCCAUUAAAGCUUACAAGAAGGAAGGGAAGAUGGAAAAUCUCGGUGCAACCGAACACCUAAUGUCAGCUGCACAGGCUGGAGCCAUGACUCUCUGUAUUACAAACCCAAUAUGGGUAACGAAGACACGACUCGUGCUGCAGUAUAACGCUGGCGUUGAUCCAUCAAAGCGGCAAUACAGAGGAAUGGUUGAUGCUCUUGUAAAGAUAUACAGGACAGAAGGCAUACGUGGCUUAUAUAAG